AUGAGGACCUCACUCGUACGGCUCGCAAGUACCAGCGCCUCUCUGCCAUUAACAGUCACGCAAGCCUCUCAGCAGAUCGUCCCACCAAUACCGCUAUAUCGCCGCCUCCUUAGAGCUCAUCGGUCAUUACCAGACGAAAUGCGCUUUAUGGGCGAUGCGUACAUAAAGUCUGAGUUCCGCCUGACUCGAUCGACCGACAAUCCCCUCCACAUCAUCGGCUUCCUCUCGCAAUGGAAGGCUUACCUCGACCAGCUGGAUGUGGCGAAAUCAAAAGCAGAGGGGAAGGAGAUAGAUUGGAGAGGGAGUAAACUGGAUAUGGAGGCAUUUGAGCGGAUGAGUAAUGAGCAGGUGGGGCAGCUGUAUGAGUUGAUGCACGCCACCAAGGGGUUGUGGAAGAGGUGA